CCCAGAAAGGUGCCAGAAAGCACGCCGAAGUCACGGCUUUCGAGUUGUGAUUGUUCGUAAGCUCUGACAGCUCUGAUCCCAUUGGUAAAAUUUACCCCUUACGCUUCGCAACUGUCGGUAUACGGCACGAAUAGUGAAAUAACACGAGAACCGUGCGUUCGUUGCUAAAUUAUUGCCGCAAUCAUGAGUGGAGGAGACGACAACGCACGAAACCCGAAGAACCUUCCUGCGCUGCUGAACUUCUGUGUUCAGAACACGGCGACCGAAGAUGCUCCGAGUUCAUCCACGGCUUCGAUGGAUCCCGAGAGGCGGAAAUGGUUGGAGGAGGCAAUCUCUGACAUGACAGUCUCCCCCGUGGAGGAGAUGCAGAAGAACCUGAAUGUGAUCAAGGAAACGCUGAGUCACCACCGAGAGAGUGGACAGGCACCCACCGAGGAGGCCUGCUGCACCCUCGAGUCUGCCCUUGAGAGCAUCACCGAAUACGUCGGUUCCAUUGACUAUGCCAAGGAUUUCCAUAAGAUUGGCGGCUUUGAUGUACUCGAGGACCUGCUCUGCUUCCCAAGCAGUGCAGUCCAGUCGAGAGCCUGCGAGCUGGUUGCAGAGCUGGUGCAGAACAACCCUUACUGCCAGAAACAGGCUGCACAGUGUCUCAAGUUUCUGCUGCAUCUUGUGGAUGCCACCCAGGAAGCUGUCCGGCUGAAAGCGCUCUACGCCGUGUCGUGUCUUGUGCGUCACAAUAUUUCUGUGUACCUGGAGUUUGAGAAAUUGGACGGCUUCUCGGCGUUGUUGAGGGCGCUUCAGUCGGACUCGCUGAGACUGAAAACCAAGGCGGGCUUUUUGCUGUCAUCACUGUGCUCCCAGCAGGAGAGAAGCAGAGACACGCUCAUUCGAAUGGGUUUCGUGGAGCAGCUGGCUGCGAUGCUUCGGCACGAGCCGGGACCCCACCGCGAGCACCUGCUCUCCACUCUGGACACGCUCGUGACCGAGUGCCCCAGUGCACGUGACGAGUGCCGUCGACCCGAGCUUCAACUGCAGGACACUCUCCGCACCGGCCUGGCUUCGAGUCGUGGUCGCGAGGAGCAGCGUGAAGAACACGACCACAGUGCCCACAUCCUGGCCGUGUGCUUUGCGGACAGUGGAGCCGGUAGUGGCCAUGCUGAGAUGGACAGGGCCUUGAUGCUGUUCCAAAAGACGUUGUAAGGUGGUUCCAGGACCUCAACCUCGGUGCGAACCAGGUUCUCGUUCAAGGGGCCCAGGAGACAGAAUUGGUCUCCCAGUUCUUCCACGCUCACCUCGGCCUUGGAACGGAUCACCGUGUAAAUGCCUCCAACUGCACACACACACACAUAA